GGCACUGAGGCAGCUGGAAACACUAACCAUGGCGGUAUACCUCUCUAGAGCUUCAGGAUCGAUUCGAUAAAUGUGUACGACAUUUCAAGUAGAGUUCAACAAUUUCAUCAAUUUUACCAGUUUUGCAGUGAAAGCAAGGAGUUUGAGAACUAGGGCAUUUUCCACUUUGACAGUCGGAGUAAUGGGGUCUAAGAGGCUCCUUUCAAACUCAUCCGUGUCGGCUUCAUCUACUGUUGAGGGAAAGACAGAUAAGAAGCUCAAGGGAUUAGCUACUGCAGAUUUAAAUUCUGAUGAGGCUGAAGUUAAGGGGAAUGGCGGGAAAGGUAAAGUGCUUGAGCAGGGCAAGAAUGAUAAUAAAGAAUAAGGUUUGGUGGGUACCAAUCAAAAUUCCAAAGAGGGUGUUUUUAAGGACAUCAUGAAUGAUCCUGGCAGAAUCAAUGCAAUGACAGUUCAACAACUCAAGGCUGCAUUGCGGAAUGCUGGCCUCCCUGCCUAAGGUUGCAAGAGUGAACUUGUAUCUGCCUUGAAGAGUUAUUUGGAUAAGCAAUUAGAUGGUGAAAGUUCUCAUCUGAGACAUGAACAACUUUCCUCCAUUUCUGCUCAAAGCAUCUCAGUGACAGGAAAGACUAGGACAUUAUCAGGUGAACUUGAUGCUAAAAUUGUCAUGAAAAGAAAGAAGCUUUCAAUCAAGGGUAAUGUUUCAG